AUGCCUACCGUCAGUGUGGGCCGGGAUCGCCUGUUUGCGGCACUAGGAAGAACUUACACGCAAGAGGAAUUCGAAGACUUGUGCUUCAGUUUCGGGAUCGAGCUCGACGACGUCACGACGGAGAAGGCAAUUGUAAGGAAAGAGAAGCAUUUGGAUGAAGAAGAAGUUGAUGAGGACGAAGAAAUUAUCUACAAAAUCGAAGUUCCCGCCAAUAGAUAUGACCUCCUGUGCCUUGAAGGGCUUGCUCAAGCCCUCAGAGUCUUUUGUGAAAUCCAGGAGAUCCCCUCUUAUAGAUUAUCUGACAUUAGUAAGAAUGCAAUGUUGAAAAUGCAUGUGAAACCAGAGACUUCUGUGAUUCGUCCAUUUGUUGUAUGUGCUGUUUUAAGAGAUGUAACUUUUGAUAAAGCAAGAUACAACAGCUUUAUCGAUCUCCAAGACAAGCUUCACCAAAACAUAUGUCGCCGAAGAACUCUUGUUGCCAUUGGAACCCAUGAUCUGGAUAAAUUGGAAGGUCCUUUCACCUAUGAGGCUUUGCCACCUUCGAGUAUAACUUUUACGCCACUAAAGCAGGAAAGGAACUUCAGGGCUGAUGAGUUAAUGGAGUUUUACAAGUCAGAUUUGAAACUGAAGAAAUUCUUGCAUAUAAUUGAGGACUCCCCUGUUUUUCCUGUUUUAUAUGACAGUAAGAGAACUGUAUUAUCUUUACCCCCGAUUAUUAAUGGUGCACAUUCAGCCAUCACACUGGAGACAAAGAAUGUAUUUAUUGAAUGUACUGCUACUGAUCUGACAAAGGCAAAGAUUGUUUUAAAUACAAUGGUAACAGCCUUCUCAGAAUAUUGUGCACACAAAUUUAUCAUUGAACCAGUUGAAGUGAUUUCUUAUGAUGGCAAGUCAAACAUAUACCCUGAUUUAUCUGUCUACAACAUGGAAGUUUCUCUAUCUUACAUUACUGGAUUGAUUGGGGUAUCAUUGGAGGCAGAAGAGGUCACCAAGUUCUUAAAUCGGAUGCAAUUGCAUGCGAAGCAAUCUACAUCUAAUAAAAAGCAGUGUAACUUUGUAGUAUAUGUACCUCCUACUAGAAGUGAUGUUCUUCACCCAUGUGAUGUUAUGGAGGAUGUGGCGAUUGCUUAUGGAUUCAAUGCUAUUAAGGAUAAAGCAGUAGUAGACAAUAAGGGCUCAAAGAGGUUGGCUGCUUCCCUGACUCUACUUCCUCUGAACGAGAUCAGCGAUCUUAUCCGGAAAGAGGUUGCAUUGAUUGGGUUUACAGAGGUCUUGACAUUUAUACUCUGCUCUAAAAAGGAAAACUUUGCCAUGCUUAACCGCAAAGAUGAUAAAUCUAAAGCAGUUAUCAUUGGAAACCCCAGAUCUUCGGACUUUGAGGCUGUGCGGACUAGUCUUAUGCCUGGCAUUUUGAAAACUGUUGCUCACAACAAGGAUCAUCCAAAGCCUAUAAAGAUUUUUGAAGUGGGUGAUAUAGCACUUUUGGAUGACAAUAGAGAUGUUGGUGCAAAAAAUCUUCGCCAACUUGCUGCGCUGUACUGUGGUGCUAAUGCCGGAUUUGAGAUAAUUCAUGGCUUGGUCGACAGAGUAAUGGAAAAGAACGGUGUUCCCUUUGUUUCACCUGGCGAUAAGUCGGGCUAUUACAUUGAGCGGUCAGAUGAACCCGAGUUUCUUGCUGGUAGACAAGCUAGAAUCAUUUACAAGGGAAAUCAUGCUGGCACUUUUGGCAUUGUUCAUCCCGAGAUAUUAAACAACUUCGACAUUCCCGAUCCCUGCUCCUUUGUUGAACUUAACAUCGAAAGUUUCCUAUGA